UUUAUUGCCCUGUUUAGUAAAAUCUUUGAUAUUGUUCAUGUACUGUUUACAUUGAGCGAAGUCGUAUCAAAAUGUAAAAAUUUAAACUCAUGUUUAAAAAUGUUGUACGUUUGAAGAAUCUGGUGCCACUCGUUUCUAGAAUAACCGGAAUGUCUAAGAGAGGGGCCAAUGAAGGGAAUGGACAUAACCUUCCAGGUCCCAAAAUGUCAAGACGAGAUGACAUUGUUGCCAAAAAUGAAUCUUCGACUAAUGAGAUUUGCAAUACCAACGGAAGUGUCAGUCAGAAGUUCAUUGUUCUCCCUACACCAACGAAAUCGGAAAAUGAUAGUCGGGAAUACAGAGUUAUUAAACUGAAGAAUGGUGUGACAGCCCUAUUAAUCUCCGACGUGGAGAAUUUAACAACACUUGACCAGGAACCGAUUAAUGAGGAUGAAACUGUGGAAAACCAAUCUCACGAUGAAUCUGAUUCUUCAUCUGAAGAAUCUGAAAAUGAAGGCAACUCUUCUGGAAGUUUGUCAGAUGGUGAAGGCAGUGAAGUGGAGUCUCUGAAACAAGAGGAAAAAUUGGCUGCUGUAGGUUUGUGUGUUGGAGUUGGCAGCUUUAGUGAUCCAGACGAGAUUCCUGGCCUUGCGCAUUUUCUGGAGCACAUGGUUUUUAUGGGCAGUGAGAAAUAUCCUACAGAAAACAGCUUUGAUGAGUUCAUAAAGAUACGUGGAGGAUCUACUAAUGCAACAACUGAAACUGAAACUACAACAUUUUAUUUUGACUGCCAUGAAAGACAUCUUUCUGCGGUUAUUGACAGAUUUGUUCAGUUCUUCAUUUCACCUCUCCUACAAAGAGAGGCCAUGACACGUGAAAGAGAAGCAAUAGAUUCAGAAUUUCAGAUGGCUGCACCACGGGACUCGGUUCGCAAAGAACAGUUUCUCUGUAGUCUUGCAAAAGAAGGUUAUCCUGCAAGAAAAUUUACAUGGGGUAAUAUGAAAACACUAAGAGAUGAUGUAGAUGAUAAUGUCUUAUAUGAAACAUUGCAUGCUUUCCGAAAAAGGCAUUACUCCGCUCACCGGAUGACUGUUGCUAUACAGGCUCGUCUGCCUAUGACAACACUGGAGGACAUGGUUUGUGAUAAUUUCCUGGCUAUUCAAUGCAACAAUGAACCUCGAAAUGACUUCUCAGAGUAUGUCAAUUCUUUUGACACUGAUGUAUUUCACAAACUAUAUAGAAUGUUGCCUGUGAAAGAGCUUAUUCAGGUAGACCUUACUUGGGCGUUUCCACCAAUGUUGGCAAAAUAUCGCAGCAAACCACACCAUUAUCUCAGCUGGGUCCUUGGACAUGAAGGGAAAGGUGGUUUAUUUGCGUUGUUACGUAAAAGAUUAUGGGCCACUGAUAUCUACUGUGGGAAUGAUGAAAGUGGUGGUGCAGAAAAUUCAAUGUACUCAUUGUUUACCAUAAGCAUUGUACUCACAGCUGUGGGGUAUAAAAAUAUUGAUCAGGUCUUGAAUGUAACAUUUGGUUACAUAGAGCUACUCAAGAGAAAGGGUGCUUCAUUCAGUAUUUAUGAGGAACUUAAGGCUUCUGAGGACAUGGAUUUUCGAUUUGCAGGAGAAGUCAAUGCAUCUGAAUAUGUUGAACGCCUUGUUGAAGCAAUGCAUUAUUACCCACCUGAGGAUUACCUGACAGGCAGUGAGCUCUACUUUGAAUACGAUCCAAAGGCAAUAGAAGACUGUAUAAGGCUGAUGAGCCCAGAUACAGUUAAUGUACUAAUACUGACAACAGAUAGCUCAAUUAAUUUUGAUAAAGAAGAACCGUGGUUUAAAGCACAAUAUCGUUGUGACGAUAUUCCAACUGAGUGGAUAGAAAACUGGAAGAACCAGGAACCACACACAAGUUUUGAUCUACCAGAACCCAACAUGUUUCUGCCAACAGACUUUGAGAUUGUGGAACAUGACGACCCAGUUCCAGGUGCUCCAGUAUGCAUACGAGCAGAUGACUGGACAGAGGUGUGGUACAGACCGGAUGACAAGUUCAAUAAGCCUCUCACGUACAUAUAUUGCAGUGUUUCUUCACCUAUGGCAUCAAUCUCAGCUUGCAACUAUGUAAUGUUGGAGUUGUUUGUGAAGAUCUUCAACCGACAUGUUGCAGAAGAUUUGUAUCCUGCUGAAGUGGUGGGAAUGAAAACAGUUAUUACUGCAAAGCCACGAGGAAUUGUUAUCAAAAUUGAUGGAUACAGCCAUAAAUUGCAUCAGCUAAUAUUGGAACUGAUUGCGCGCAAUCUCGCAUCAUAUGAGGAUAUGCUGAAUGAAUCAGUUUGUGACACCAUGCUGGAAGAACUGAAGAAAGCAUACUUUAAUGAAUUUGUCAAGCCUUCUGCAUUGAACAGGGAUCUGCGAUUUUCUGUUCUGGUGCAUAAUUAUUGGACUAAUCUUGAAAAAUAUACAGCAGCAGAUAGUGUGACAUUUCUCAAAUUAAAAGAUUUUGUCUCCGAAAUGUUAAACAAUCUGUAUGUUCAAGUACUUAUCCAAGGUAAUUACAGUGAAAAACAAGCACUGGACAUCAGUGAUGUAUUGAUAUCUUCUCUGCCAUGCAAAAUUCCUGUUCCAGGAAAUGCUAUACGGGCCCGUGUCCGUGAAGUAGCUGUGGGAAAAUUUUCAUGUGCAGUUCCAUCCUUUAAUGAUGAUGACACAAACAGUAUUGUCACUAAUUACUAUCAACUUGGACCUAUUGAUUUAAAAUCAUCCUGUCUUCUGGAAAUUAUUGUGAUGCUUAUGCAGGAGCCAUUAUUCAACAUUCUUCGCACAAAGAAACAGUUAGGAUAUGAUGUUUCUUGCUCAUAUCUGGACACAUUUGGGAUGCUGGGCUUCUGUAUAUCUGUUUAUUUCCAAGCAUACAAAUUCACUUCUACUCAUAUUGCUGAAGAAAUAGAAUCAUUUCUGAAUGGUUUUAUGAAGCAUCUGAAGAAACUAAAGCUAAAUGAUUUUGAGAAAGUACGAGAUGCAGUUAUAGUGCAAAAGCAGUGUGUUGAUUUACAGCUAAAAGAUGAAGUUGAGCGAAACUGGUUUGAGAUAGCAUCUGGAGAUUUCCUAUUCAAUCGUUGGUGUAAAGAGAUUGAAUAUCUUCAGCAAAUCCAGUUUCCAGACGUUAUACACUGGUUUGAGAGGACUGUAGUGUCUGGUAGCAGCAGAAGACUUUCUAUUCAGGUGGUGGGAUGUAAGGAUGCCCGAAAAGGAAAACAAGGAGGACACAAGAAAGUAGAUAACGCCUCUCGUACACUUGCACAUAAGCAAGAUGUAGAGAAUGUUAUGAGAGACAUUACUGCUUACAGGGAAAAUCUGUUUCUUCAUCCAGUCAUUAAUAUAAAGUUGUGAUCUUUUUGGUAUGGUUUAUUUUAUAUUUGUAAAUAUGCUGUAUUUAUAUAACAAUAUUAUUAAAAUUUAUGUCGGUUUUUUGCAA